GCUGUUAUACAAUUUCCUAUAGCAUAAAUUGUGUGUAAUAAAUAACCGUAACACAGCGAAAACAUAACGCUAUUAAAGGCUACUCUACGAUAGCGUCAUCCGAAAACGCUAUCGUAUAUAGGGACUCUAUUAUAGCGGUCGUUUUCAUAGCAUUUGUAAAACCGCUAUGGAUACCAUAUAAUAGCGUUAUCCGUAUGCUAUUAAAAGCCAUAUUUGUUGUAGUGUUCUUAUGGUAGAAAAGCAAAAAGCUUACGUAAAUUCCAAAUGUUAUCAAAACCCUGCAAUGAAAAACUUGCCAAAACUUGAAGAGGUUGGUCCACAAAAUUGAAGGUUCUUUGCUUCACACUCUAUUUAUAGGCAAAGAGAUAAAACAGAGGAGAUUAAAUUACUUAUUAACAAAGGUUGUUUUCACUCAACCACAUUCAUUCUCAAGUGUCUGCUCCUCACAUUCCCCGAGAUUCUCAUUUACUUUCACCUCUAUUUGGUACGUACUUUAAAUUAUAGUUAUAAUUUCGUUUUCAUUAUUCGUUUUGUUCACAUUUGGUUUCGUAAACAUAUAGACAAUCUUAUAUAUAUAAUACAGUAUAUUCGAUGUUUUCUCUAUAUUUAUCCUCGCAGUUUAAAGGAUGAUUCAUACGUGGGAUCUACAUACAUACAUGCAUGUUUAUUAGUUAAAAAACUUAUUUUAAACAUUAAAUUACUUCGAUAGCUAGACAACAAUCAUUAUAUAAAAAAACGAGAUCUAUAAUUAUAUAUCUAGUCGACAGUUAAAAAUAAAAAAACGAGAUCUAUAAACAAACAUUCCCAAAUGUUUUCAUCACUCUCAAACCACUGUUCACCACAUUUAAUGGAUUGCGAGAUCUACUCAAGCUCUUCUUCUGAAAUCCCUAGAGACCACGUCCAAUCCCUUGAUCUCUUUCCUAACAUCACUCAAAACCCUAAUAACAACAAUACCCGAAUCGAACCUUUACCGCUUAUCGAUAGGAUCAACUUAAACUCAAACCUAAACCUAAAACCUAGGCCAUCGUAUGUUGGCGAAGGAGAUGACGAGGUAGAAGAUGAAGAGGACGUUGUAGUGGACGUGAGCUUACACAUCGGCCUUCCUGGUUCCGGUAAUUCAAGCAAUGGGAAAGAGAUUGUCACUUACGAUGCCGGAAAAGACAUCGAAAAUGAAGUUUCCGGCAAGUCAUAUUGGAUUCCGACGGUGGAUCAAAUUAUAAUAGGCUUCACUCAUUUUUCUUGCCAUGUAUGCUUCAAGACAUUCAAUCGCUACAACAAUCUUCAGAUGCACAUGUGGGGCCACGGUUCACAAUACAGGAAAGGACCAGAGUCACUGAAAGGGACUCAGCCAAGAGCCAUGCUAGGCAUCCCUUGUUACUGCUGCGUUGAAGGGUGCAGGAACCACAUCGAUCAUCCUCGGUCCAAGCCACUCAAAGACUUCCGAACGCUCCAAACGCACUAUAAGCGCAAACACGGCCAAAAGCCUUAUGCGUGUCGCAUUUGCGGUAAGCUCUUGGCAGUUAAGGGAGAUUGGCGAACUCACGAGAAGAACUGUGGGAAACGUUGGGUUUGUGUUUGCGGUUCCGAUUUUAAACACAAACGCUCCCUUAAAGACCAUAUUAAGGCUUUUGGACCUGGUCAUGGGUCUUAUCCGACCGAUUUGUUUGAUGAGCACUGCUCACACUCUUCUGUCUCUGAAACGCUCUUUUAAAACUUGUGCAUUGAUCGUGUUUUGACUUGUGUGAAUCAUUUAUUACUCUAAAAGAAUGUGUGGUAUCUGUUUAUUUCGAAUUUGGAAAAUAUACUAACAUGAUACCUGCACCAGUCUGGAUAAUGACGAAACUAUUAUCAAUGAAAUUGUAAUAGUUCUUAAUUUUUGAAUUCUAAUUGUACGCUACCUUUUUAUAAU